AUGACACUUGGGGAAACGUUUCGUAUCGUAAUCGUUGGUGGUGGCCUAGCAGGCCUUUCAUUAGCUAUUGGUUUGAAACAGAAAGGAUUCCAGAAUUUAAUAGUCUACGAACGAGAAGAAAACAGCCAUGUCCGGCAUCAAGGCUGGUCAGUUUCAUUGAUAGCUCCAGAAGGUGGUCUUGAAUUUAUAAAACAACUUGGUCUUUUACCGGAACUUUCCGCUAUUUCGUUUCAACCUUCUUUUCGAGCAGUAGACGGUGAAACAGGGAGUACAUUACUUUUUGUGCGUGGAACAGAGAAUGGAAGGCGAUUCAAACGACCAGAACUACGAGAUGCACUUUAUCAAGCUUGUGUACGGGAAGGUAUUGAAGUUGUUUGGGGUGCACGAGUGAAAUCCUUCGAGGAAAUCGACAACAAAGUUCAUGUGCAUUUUGCUGACGAAACAGAACAUGAAAUGGAAAUAGCUGAUCUUCUUAUUGGAGCCGACGGAGCACAUUCGCCUAUCAGAAAACAAUUGACCGGUGACGAGGCUCAAGCCGUUGGCUUUAAUGGUAUUGUCGGUCUAAUCAAGAAGGUUCCCGACGGAACCAAUGAUGACCUGUUCGAACAUGAAUACGUUCACAAUUCGGGUGUAUUAGUUUCUGGUCGAAAUGUUAGUUGUUGGUAUGCACAUCACGUUCUUCACGACGAGGUCUAUUGGUCAUUGAGUAUUCGUUCGGAAGAAGAUUUUCUUCGUCAACGAACUGACUACGAUAAGAAGAAACUUCAUGAUUUAGCUUUGGAAUACUCUCAAAAAUUCUUUCCGUUGAUUCAAAUAUUAGUUCAGCGAACACCUAUUGAACAAAUGCAAGAUUGCCUGAUUUUCAAAGAUAUCGAACCAAUGAAACGAGACGCUUCUGGAAGAUAUUGUGUAUCGCAAACUGGAAGAAUCACAUUGGUCGGUGAUUCUGCACAUGCAAUGAUUCCUUUCCGAGGACAAGGAGGGAAUACAGCACUAAUGGCAGCCUGGAAUCUCACCGAGAAACUUGGCACGAUAGCAGAUCGAACCUCGAUUACGAACGAUGAACUGAAUGAAAUUCUUAUGCGAUACGAAAAUGAAAGAAUUCCACUUGGUACUCGUGAAAUACUUGAUUCACGUGAAAAUGCCGAACGAUUUCAUUCGGCAAAUGUUGUCAUGUCGGAAUUAUCGCGUAAAGCUUUCGUAGAAAAAUUCAUUCAUGAAUUGACAAGUUCCAACAUGAGUAACCUAGAUGAUUACCUCGAGGACGACGUCCAAAAAACAGUUGACUCCACAGUUGUUCUGAGUAACAUUAACGAAGCUCGGGACUAUUACAAAAAAGAACAAGACGGAAAAACAACAUCGCAAUGGACGAUUGUCGAAUGCGAAACAGAAGAUCCAAAGAAUAAUCUACUACGUGCACGUAUUUCACACGCGAACAAAACCUUCGAUACUGUUUAUACAUUUAGUCCAGUUGGAAAGAUUCAACGCAUCGAUGCUGUCAGUUAA